AUGCAAUAUGGGAAGAUUGUUUCCACGAAGGCCAUCCUGGACAAGACCACCAAUAAGUGUAAAGGCUACGGCUUUGUUGACUUUGACAGCCCUGCCUCGGCUCAGAAGGCAGUCACAGCGCUGAAGGCGGGGGGAGUGCAGGCUCAGAUGGCCAAGCAACAGGAGCAGGACCCCACCAACCUGUACAUCUCCAACCUGCCGGUCUCCAUGGAGGAGCAGGAGCUGGAGAGCAUGCUGAAGCCCUUCAGCCAGGCCAUCUCCACACGCAUCCUGAGAGACCCCAGCGGCACCAGCCGGGGAGUGGGCUUUGCCAGGAUGGAGUCCACAGAGAAAUGCGAGGCCAUUAUUCAACAUUUUAAUGGGAAAUAUAUCAAGACUCCACCUGGAGUUCCAGUGCCUGCAGAACCCUUAUUGUGUAAAUUUGCUGAUGGGGGCCAGAAGAAGCGUCAGAGCCAGGGGAAGUAUCUGCACAACGGCCGGCCCUGGACCCGGGACGGGGACACGGGUGGAAUGACACUGACGUUCGACCCAGCAGCGGCCUUACAGAACGGGUUCUACUCUUCUCAUUACAGCAUCGCCCCCAACCGCAUGAUGCCCCAGCCUUCACUCUCUCCGUACAUGCACUCUCCAGUGUCCACCUACCAGGUCCACAACCCCUCCUGGAUUCAUCACCAGUCAUACCUCAUGCCUCCCAACGGGGCGGUGUUGACGCCGGGCAUGGACCACACCAUGUCCAUCCAGCCAACCUCUAUGAUGGGGCCGCUCGCACAGCAGCUGGGCCACAUGUCCAUGGGCAGCAGCGGAACAUAUAUGCCUGCUAAUACUUCUAUGCAUGGGACUUACAUCCCCCAGUACACCCAAGUGCCUCCGGCCAACGUCUCAGUUGAGGAAAGUGCCGUUCAACAACCUGUUGCCAUAGAGACGCCCACGGAGCACACAGCCUACUCUUACCAGCAUAACAAGUGAAGAGGUGACCGAGGUCUUUUCUUCGGGAGGACCUGAGGUGUUAUCCCGGGCACUGCUUGUUGAUGACCGAGAGCAGUGCACAUGGACUCCAGAGUGCACCAAACCAUUCGGGAGGAACACAGACUUUUACACAUCGGAUUUUUUCUACAAAUUCCAACUUUAUGACAAAACCUUUCACUUUAUGACAAACUAUUUCACUCCACAUACGCAAGGCAAGACGUGAGCAAUGGGAAACACAAGAAGAACGCAAUGGAGUGUCUAUUUUGAUAACCGUGAAAACAGAAGCCUGUCAACUACACACACACACACACACACACUAUAUUACAUGGUUUGUGCUCGUCAUGUCGAGUCCUGAGUCCUACUCUGGUGAAACUAGGACCAGCAGCACCGCGUGACAUUUGUGUCCCGUUUCAUUUUUUUAAGAUACUGUUUCUGGCCUACUUUUGUUUUGGAUAUUUUCAAUCUUUGAACCUGCCUUUUUGUACAUAUAUGUUGAUUUUGUUGCAUUUCUUUUUGUUACAUGUCUUGUUUCAUUGGCUUUUGCAAGUAUUUGAUAAGAGAGGCUUAAACACAUACACGGAGAAGCCGAGGUCCCUGUGUUCCUCUGGACAUAUGCGAUGGCAGCAUGGAUUAGAUUGAUUUAAAGUGGCAGCAAAUGUCUCAAGCAUGAAACCUCAUCCCUGUGCACGUGAUCUCACUUAUUUUGGCACUUGAGUCUCAAGUAAUUUAUAGUUAAAAAAUCUUGACAGAGCUUCAGACAAUCAAAGAUUUACAACAAAGUUACUAUUGAGAGAUUAUCGUCUAAGGUAAAGUUAACAAGACGAAGAGAGGACUAAUUUGAAAGAACAUUGCGUUCCAAGGACCUUUCAGAAAAUAUUAAGCAUUGGACUACACUUGAUCCAAUGUUUCGGGAUCCCAUCUCACACAGAACUGCCUAAAUAUAACACUUUACAGAUCAGUGUUUCUUUUAUCAAUGCAAUAACACUGAUAUUAACUACGACAACAACAUUCAAACCAGUUGUUUAUUCUAUUUACAUGGCAUGAGGUUUUUUGCUAGGUCAUUUUAUUGGCCAUUGGUCUUGACAAAACUUAAUUUCAAUAAAAACUAAACAAUGUUGUCAAAGUACAACAAGAUUAUUUCAUCAGAAUGAAACCAACUAAGUGCAGGUUUUGUUUUGAUCCUGAAAAGUUUUGUUGUUGGUUCAUGACCCGUUUAAAGGUUCCUUGAUACUGGCUGUUACUGUGUCUUUGACUUUACACUUUACUUUUUUUCUUGUGUUUGUUAUUUUUUUAAAGCUUUUUAUUUUUAUUUAAAAGUUUUUAGUUGAAUUUAAAUUUCGUUUAAGGCUUCAUUUUAUUUGUUUGUAGUGUGUUGUGUGCUUCAACUAGUGAAAGGUAGGAGAGCCCUUUUUCACCAAUGCAUUUCCCUUGUGAAAUAGUGAGUUUGUACUUCUCUUGCUCUGCCUUUUAGUAUCCAUGUCAAAAGGUUUUAAUUAGUUGAUAAAAUGUUUUGGAUUCAGUCUGUAAUGCUAAUGUUGACACGCUUUUAUUUGCAUAACGCCCAAUCAUGGAUGAACAUCCAUGCAUGUUUAAGAGAAAAUUCCUGCGGCAGUUGGGAAAACCUUAAAGAAAUAUAUGGUCAAAACCUUAACAUACCUCAUUAUGCAGAAUAUAGAAUCAGUUCAAAUACAGGUUAGAAGGCAAUAACUAACCACAAUAGUUAUUAUUGCUGCUCACAGCUGGUACUGUGUCCAUAUUUUAACCAUCCGUCCUAUGAGAGACCUGACGGUCUGAUGGUCUAUGCAAUUAAUUUAUUAUCCUUAAAAUGCAAUAAUACAAGUAAAUACGAAACUCUCCACAUCAUUCCAAUGGAUCACAUCACUAAUUCAAAUUCAACAUCUUUCCAAUUUCCAUUCAUCCUGAAUAAUCAAUUUAUUGAUUGAUUCCAUUAAAAGGGAAUUGUGUUUUACUGAGUUCACAGAAGGAAUGCAGUGGUUUAUUGUCUCACCAAAGAUUUCAUAAAGAUACUUUGUGCAGCCGUCAUUGGACCCGGGUCCCAAAAUAAAUGGGAUAUAGCUUGUUCUUUUUUUGCAGUUUCAUUUUUAAAUGAUGUGGAGAGGUGUGAAAUAUGUUGUUUAUUUUCACCUGUUUGUAAGCUAUGUUUUUUUUGCCAGAUAAUUUCGUUUCAUAUGGAAAGAUACGUUUUCACAGGAAUGCCUUUAGACAUCGUCGAUGGGGCAAUGACUGCUUUGCAGAAUCCAUUGGUUGGUUUUCUCAUUUGUUGUUGAGCAAAGAUCUUCAAAUCAAAGGUGUUUUCUAGAACAUAUUGUGUUCCCAUUUCAUUCCACAUUAAUUUAAAUAUUGGGAGGCGGGAGGUAAAACAGUUGCACACUUCAUAGAAUGGUGUAAUGGAAGGGGUAGUCUGGCUCACUAUAUUGCUGCUAAUUUUGGAUUAUUUUGUUUAAUUAGCUCAUGCAAAGGUCAUGCAGUUCAAUAAAUGAAGAGUCAUUCUGGAUAUUAUGUUUAACAAAAUAUAUAUAUUGCUACGUCCUUUUUUGUUCCAGUUGUUUCCAGUUAUAUGUAUUUAUCUCACCAUCAAACAAGUUGUGUCAUUGCCUCAACCAUAAAUCUGUCAUUCUGUUCCACAACAGCAGGUCAUUAGUUCCCUAAAUAAAAGAUCAACAAAUCCCUCA